UUUGGUAGUUUUGAUAUGCAUUCUUUCCUUCUAAAAGUUUUGAUGUUUUUGAUUAUCUACAUACCAGCUUCAACAUUUGAUAGAACUGCUGUGUUCUUUGGCAUAUUUUCAAGUAAGCAUUUAACAUCCGAGUUCAAAAAGAUAAACAUCUUUCAGAAAGUGCCUGUUAUUGAUCAUGAUGGAUUUGUGUUAACAGAGAGCAUAGCUAUAAUACGAUACCUUACAAGACAUUUUGAUAUUGAAGACCACUGGUAUCCUAAAGAUAGUAAAUUGCAAGCUAAAGUUGAUGAAUAUUUAGAAUGGCAGCAUCUGAACACACGUUUAUUUGGAAGCAUGAUUUUCCGUGAGAGAGUCAUUUUACCACAAGUUGAAAAGAAGCCUGUUAAUAAUGAAAAACUGCAAUUCUAUAAAGACAACUUUUUAAAAGUUUUAAAGAAUAUUGAAGAAGGUUUCCUGAAAGAUAAAACUUAUCUUUGUGGAGACAAAAUAUCUGUUUCAGAUAUAUUUUGUGCUUGUGAAAUUGAACAGCCACUAGCAAUUGGAUUUGAUCCUUUCUCUGAUGUGCCGAAAUUGAAAUCUUGGUUUGAGAAAGUUCGCAAAGAAUUAGAGCCUUCUUAUAGUGAGGUUAACGAUGCUUUAAUGUUAACAAAAGGUGGUAUUGAAAAAGGUAAACUGUGAACAAUGUUUUGUAUGUACAAGACAUAUAUAUACUACUAACACUUUAAUAAUUGAUUAUUUUCAAAUGUAAAAUUAACUCAAAACACAUAAUAUUGUAAUAAAAUUAAUUUGACUAAA